GGCUUUCCCUGCUCCGGAGUCGUCGAGCGGUCGGCGGGCGUUGAGCGCGGCAGGCCCAGCAGCUGUGUGGGUUGUGUCGUGUGCGGUCGGUGCAGCCCCUCGCGAGCUCUGAGGCGUCACACGCACCGGGCAUUUCCCUUUCGGCCGAGGUCCCUUUUUCGACUCUGGUGUUUGUGUCGUCUCGAAGCUUGCCGUCUGCAUCCUCCUCAUGAGAACGCAUCCACCUGGGGCUCCGUCCGUCGUUCUCCGCUCGGACUGCUUGGGUACGGGCCGCCACGGAUGCAAACAUGGAGCCGUCUGACCGUCUGUUGCUCGAGCUUGGAGCUAUUUCCACCACAGUCCGCUUCUCUGCCUGACACGCGUACAUUGCACCACGAGAUUCUAAACUAACCACAAACCCUGUCGGAACUAGUCGUCGCUGGCGUGGAGUUACUUUUCCGGGAAAAUCAGCAGUAGGUAACGAUGCGCGAGGACGUCGUCAGACCUUCCGUUGCCCCUCACUGACUAUCGUGGACUUCAACGCGUUUCAUCGUAUACGUGGUGGCUCGAGGCUGGAAAAAUGCGCAAGAACUGCCUGGCGCGGGCGCUGUACGACAACAUCGCCGAGUCUCCGGAGGAGUUGGCCUUCCGCAAGAAUGACGUGCUCACGGUGCUGGAGCAGAACCCGGGUGACCUGGAGGGCUGGUGGCUCUGCGCGCUCCGGGGCCGCCAGGGCUUGGCCCCGGGCAACCGGCUGCGCCUCAUGCCCGGCAUGUACGACCCGACCGGCUUGGGUUACGCGGCGGGGCCCCCCGACCUCGCGGCCGCCGUGCCCCCAGCGCCGCCCGCGGGCACCUACCCGGGGCCCGGUCAGCGCCACGCACGACGCCGCUCGUGGCGGGUGGACCCCAACAAGGUUGUUACACCAAGUAAAGUUGGAGAUGUGUAUCUGUAUGAUGUCCCAGUAGGUGCCAAAGUUACUGAAGAGUAUGAUACUCCUGCUCAUUCCACGCUUCCGAGGCCCUCAGGCCAUGUUCACAUAGACACCAUAGUUCCAGCAGCUCAAGAGGGAAGGAAGUCAGUGCGCAUGUUACCGAACAUGGCUUACGACGAACCACGUCCUUCCAGCUUAUCAUAUGAUUUGCCUCGGCCAUCUGUUAAUGCUCGCUUAGAGUUUCCUUCAUCUACUACAGCUGGCACUGAAUCUUAUGAUGUGCCUCGCCCCAAGACUGAUUACGAUGUGCCAAACUCUGAGCUUGUGGGGACCUAUGACACACCACCACCUGCCCGAGGAGUUACCAAGGGAGCACCCUGCUCUGUCUACGAUGUUCCACUUGACAGUGGCACUCCCCGUUGUGUGCUGGCAGCCAAUUAUGAUGUCCCCACCUCUGGCCGGUCAAGUGGCGUGUCUCUGCUCUCAACAAGCUCUUCUUCUGCAGGAGUCUCCCCAGCAAGCAGUCAGUCCAGUUUGAACACAUCGCUGUCCUUGUCCAGUCUGUGUGGAUCCAACAGAUCCAGCUUGGAGCAGGGCCAUGAAAUGUAUGACAUCCCAACUAGCAGUUCUCGACGUGUUAUUGAUGCACCUCCCAGCAGAACUCAAAGUCCCCGUGGAAACCUUAGUGCUGUGCCUCCACCUCCCGGCCAUGGCAUGACCCUUCUACAGUUUUAUGAUGUGCCAACCAACAAUGCACCUGCACCAUUCUAUGACACGCCUCCCAAAAGGGCCCCUACAACACAGACAGUCUGCAUGGAAGGCGUGUACGAUGUUCCUCCCCAGGUAACACGUGAUGCCCCGCUUCCACCGCCGAUGAUGGAUGAAACUGAUGCUUCCAGGCGACAUUCCUCAUCUAGUAGUGACUCACAUGGUUCACGUGAUUAUGAGACCGUUGGAGACCUCAAGGAGCUCCACCUAGAGCGUGAUGCAGCUCUCGAGGUUCUGGUUAAAGUCCAGCAAGAGUUGACAAGUGCAAUUGGGAAGCUGUUCUCACUCACUCAUUCCACACUAAAGCGACAGGAAAGUGUUACUGCAGAGAGUCGACUCUAUGACAUCAAGACAAGCUGCCACAAGCUAAGAACUUCUUUGAAAGAGUUUCUCAACUUUGCGCAAGGUGCCCUUGCCAAUGCUUCCCAUGUAGAGGACCGAAAGCUGUAUCAAAAGUUGGGCCGAUUGACGAAGCCAUUACUCGACUCGUAUCAAGUGGUGGUGGCAACUACCCAGGCCUUGGAUGACAAAGGUUGGCAGCUGUGUAUGUCGCGAGAAGCUGGCCCUGAUGAGCUGGACCAGCUGAUUGCAUGUGCCCGGGGGCUGACAGAGGAUAUCCAGCAAGUGGCAUCCACAAUACAGGGGAACUCGACACUUAUCUUUAAGAAGUCUCCCCUCAUCAGUGAGUCUGGGAGGACUUCGCAGGAGAGGCCUCUACCAGUGCCCCCUAGGAAAGAGGAUGACCAGUGGGCCAGCGAUUACGACUAUGUGAAUCUUGAAUCCAAGGCAUCAGUGGAGCGUGAGAAUGAGGAGAUCAAGGCUGCAUUGCCGGCUGAGCUGAGCCAGUCUUUUGACAAAUUGUUGCAGCAGUCGCAGCUCAUUGUUGAAGGCAUAGUGCAAGAACCACAAUCUCUCUCUGGCAUGCCUGGCUUGGACCAAAAUGACCUUCAGAUCCUCAACUUUUAUGGUGCCCAGAUUGACACCCACAUUCUAUUUCUGACUAAUGCCAUUGAUGCCUUCUUGGCUACUAUUGAGAACAACCAGCCUCCAAAGGUGUUCAUUGGACACAGUAAAUUUGUCGUGAUCAGUGCUCAUAAGCUUGUGUACAUGGGGGACACAGUGUAUCGGAAUAUUGUGAAUGUGGACAUUAAGAACAAAGUUUUGCAGUGCUCAAGUAACCUGUGUGAAGCUUUGAAGGUGCUCAUCAAUAGCACUAAGAAAGCAGCCUUGCAGUUUCCAUCUGUGGCAGCUGUGCAGGAAAUGGUGGACAGUAUUGUUGAUGUGUCACACUUGGCCAAUGACCUGAAGGUGGUGGUUAUGCAGGCUAAGAGGUAACCUGGGUGGCCCUGUCUGGACGUGCUCAAGUUGCAUCUCAGAAGCCCACCAUUUAGUGGCCGACACAUUGCGCUUGCACUUGCAAGAGCGUAGCACACUGAUGUUGCAGCACUUUCUAAAAUAUAGUAGUAUGCGUUUAAAAUAAAAUUUAUUGAAAUUUGCGUAAUGCUAAGGUUUGUUGCAGUAAGCUGAGUGUGCUACAUUGAAUUUAUAUCUUAGUAGUAGAAUUCUUACUAUUGUUAGUCUCAUGUUUACCUUUUUACACACACACACAAAAACACAAACUUAUAUAUAUAUAUAUAUAUAUAUAUAUAAUAUUUAAUAGCAUACACACAAUACAGGGUGUCCUGUGUUUCAGUAAAACAAAAAAAUAUGUGUUUGCAUCACAAGUUUCUUACAGCUGCAGCAUUGUUCCCAAAUGCAGUCAUAAACAGGGUAAGGUGAUAAAGCAUGAAUUUUGUGCCAAUAACUGUCACUUUAGCAUUCUCAACCAACUGCAUUUCCUUUGAUGUUUUCUUAAAAUUAUUGUCUUUAAUGAGCAUAUUUAUGGGGAAGCCUAGCACGAAUGAAAAAAAUUUUGGGCGGCAACGUGCAGAUCAGCGAGUCGACAUUUAUGAUACAACAUAUAUAUUUUGCAAGUAAGCCAUGCUUUCUCAAGAUAGCUUUAUAACAAUUAAGGAUUAACAUUGAUCCUCACAUCAGCUAAACUUGACAUUAGGCUUAAACGAACUAAAACAGAAUGAAUUUUUCUUGCACUGUGUGUAAUGAAGUAUCUAUUUUUGUUACCAGUAGUUGGCUGCUUUAGAAGUCGAAAGAAUUCUGAGCAAUUGCUUCAUACAUAUUUGUGGUUUUGCGGUCUGUCGACCUUAGCUGAACAAUAGAGCUUGUAGCCUUGUGUCUUCCGUUUUAUGCACCACAGCAAAGCACUGCUCAGCCCAUUGCAGGUUCUGCUCUAAUAUUUCACACUUCUUCCCAUAGCAGGUAUUGCCAGCAGACAUGCAUUGGUGAUGUCAGAGACAGCUCGGUAUGCUUCUGCAACGUUCAGGCCACCACACAAAUGCAAAAACUCCAUGGCAGUGUUCGCAUGUUAUUGUAGACAAUUCAGUGAAGCCUUGUUUAUCACAUCCUUAAAUAUCAUCUUCCAUGUUACUGCGGUUUGAUGCAAAGAGUUGCUUGAGCACUACCGCUUGAGCACGCAUCUUAUGAUCUGUGCUAGUUAAUUUUAGAUUUUAUUCAGCAAGGAAGCUUCACUGCUAUUUUAUGCUUCGAUUUCAUUGUGGCUCUUCCCCACCGUCAAUUCAUUCUGAAAGCAAGAACCAGACUGAAAGAAUCCUUCUAUUUGUCACUUCUGUUACAAUGAUGGAGAAGCUGGACACCAUACGCAACAGUAAAAUCACACAUGGUGCUUUCAUCAUCUUUGAACAGUUUGGGUGACCAUCACUGUGCAGCCAGGCUUGCUGUUCACUUGUGCUGUUGCAUGCAUGCUCCAUCACUUUCAGAGCAUUACAGCGAAUCCAUUGAAGUUAGUUGGCAGUAGAACCAAGUUUGCAAAUAUUUAGUAGAAGCAUGGUACUUUAAGAGGAAGCUUUAGCUCGGGCCCAACUCCGACGCGGCCUAUUCAAAUACAUGUAAAACACAAAAACGUUUUGAUGAGAUAACCCCUGGACCGAUUUUGAUGAAAUUUGUUGCAUUUGAAAGACAAAGUUAAAUUCUAGUGACUGUUGGAAGCGGAAUUUCGAUUUAGGGCUUGAAUUUUCUUCACUAGAUUUUAAGUUUUUCUUUUAAAUGCAGCAAACCCCGUCAAAUUUGGUGCAGUGGUUGCCGAGAAAAACAAAUUCUCCUUUUACAUGUAUUUAGAUAAGAGCACCCGAGCUAAAGCUUCCUCUUAAAUUCUGUGAGAUGGAUAUUUUGCAUUGACUGCUACAUGCCACAACUUAUUAAAAAUUUACUUUUAAGUGAGUGAAUUUCAAGCUUUUCAAUUAAUAUUGUGUUGUGUUCAUAUCGCAAGCGCAAGUUUGCUUUUCUUGCCAGUGCUCUUAAUGCUGAUGAAAAGCGCAUAUGUCCAAGCCAACUUCUUUCCAAGUGGAAACUCGCCCUUUACAUAAAAUAUUUGUGUAGAAAACUUAAAAGGUAGUGCGUGUGAGAAAUUAAGAAAGCAGAAGUUAAAAACUACGGACACUUGAGGUUCGGAACAUUGUGGCUGUUCAAGGAGUCGAACUUUGUUCCCUCAGUUUUCAUUCACAGUGGUUUUAUAGGUCAGUGUUACUUUCAAACUGUCUCUCAUUUUUAAUGCAACUUUAGUUGUUGUGAAAACCAAGUGUAUAGAUUGUUUCUGGUCACAAAUUUUGAGAGAAACUACUGCUGAAAUAUUUCUGUACAGUAAACAAGUGUUAAAGCUUUUAAGUACCGUGGAAUGCUCUAGUGGUCUUUUGUUAUGAGUGGUAAAUUAGAAUGUACUUUGCUUGACAUCUGUGUGAAGUGUGGCAUAGCCAGACUUUUUUUUUAUUGUAUUCAAAUAUGUGCGGUGCAUCAAGAAGGAAGCCAAGUGUAGUAAGAACUGUGUAGAUUAUGGAGGUUUAACUAUAUCUUUAAGGGGCCUUCAGCUCUCUUGGUUUUAUCUUGACUGUGUCCGAGUUGUAAAGCUGGCACACCCAGACAUACCUACAAUAAUUUUUGUCAUUGUUUGGUGGCAGGCUACCACUGACUAGUUGAUAUCAAUUCAAGGAAUACGCACUUCCUUCAACUUCAAAAUGACGACUACAAGAGCCACUUUUAAGUAACACACUUGCAACCAGCUUGCGAGGUCCUGAACUUUGUUGAACUAUUGCAUCUUUGAAGCACUUCCAAACACUUGCAUGGAAUUUGGUUAUAGAUCUUUGUGUUGGUUCAUGCAUCUAGCGAUGCAUUGCUUGCUUUUUACCUGUGAGUGGAAAGAUUUUACGUUUGAGCUCCAAAACGGAGUGAUGUGUAUGGCUGCAGGUGUGUAUUUGGUUAUUGAUACGUUUAGAUGUUCAUCCGUCUGACAUUCAUUAGCUGGGCUGAGCAGAGACUUCUUUACUUUGGUUGGUAAAAGAAGGCUGGAAAGGCAUUGUAUCACGUGGUUGUACAGAUGCUGUCAGUUGUGGAAAAUAAGUGACCAUUAUUUUGACUAAUUCGAUUUCGAUGAGUGUGCCAAAGAUUGCAAGCACAUCGCAUAGGAGUGUUUCUGUGAGGUGCAAGGAGAGAGGAUGGCGUGUAGUAAACCUUUUCUUCUCUGAGUGCAUUGUUCGAUACUUGACGAAGCAUACUCCCAGCGAUAUUACGAGUGCAUGGAACGUAGCCCUGCACACUAUUUGUACUGCAUUUAUGGCUUCAGACUGGACUUUUAUCAUGGUUGCAUCUUUGUACAGUCUUUGCAGAUGUAGAUCUUUUAAUGGCUACUUUUCCAGUGUGUGAAGAGCAUGUGGAAGGCUUACACAAGUGGCAAGUAAUUUGUUGAUCACUGGAGGCAGAAGACACAUUUAUGCCGAACAAGAAAUGAAACACAGCAGUUUUUGUUGAUGUGAAUGGAUUACACUUAUUGAAGUUAGCUUUGCACAAGCCUGCUGCUGCCUAGUUUUUUGUUGCACCUGCAUACUUCUUUUUUACUUCACACACUCACUUGAAGCACGCUUGCGAAUGAGCCACAAUAUUGUGCAACUGUAAAUGUAUGAAAGCACUCUGAAUUUAUAUGCUCUUUUUAGGGCAGCCUCAACUAGGGCUUCACAUGGCAAGAGAGUCUGCUUAAAAUAAACGCAGUUCCUGGUAAAUCUAGCUUCAUUUGCUGCCCCCACAAAUUUGGAGAGUUCAGUGUUCCUAGUCAGAAUGUUACUUCGAUCUCAGUGCAAUUGGAAUCAUUCCUACUGCAAAAGUGUAAGAGCGUAAGCGAACAUUCUGUGCAAUUCUGAAGUGCUAGCCUUUAUUAUUUUUUGAUACCUUUGACUCUCCAUGUGGCCCACUUUCAUGGUGCAGUUCGUGUUUCAAUUCCCAUUUCCUCACUGCGUAAUGUGGCUGGUUUCACACUACCUUUGUACACGUGUGGGAAGUAGCUGUGUAGCUUUCUGUGCUGUGACGUCUUGACCUGAUGUGAUUGAGGAAAAUAAAAGGGGCGCAAGUGGUUGCAGGCUGGAAAUCUGUUAGUUGCUGUGAGGUGUUGUUUUGUACAUUAAAAGAGAUGGUACUGUACAUAUUAAUAAAAGUGUAUCCAACUA